AUGUUCACGAUCAAGCGGAAAGCCGAUGAAUCCAUCGAGAAAUACAAGGCGAGACUCGUGGCCAAAAGGCUCCAGCAGAAGUACGGCAUCGACUACACGGAGACGUUCUCGCCAGUGGUGAAGUACGUGACGCUGCGCAUGGUAAUCGCGUUCAUCAAGUAUUUCGACUGGUCACUGGACCAACUGGACGUGGUGACAGCCUUCCUGUACGGAGAGAUGAAUGGAAGGGUUUUCCGCGCGAUCCCAGAAGGUGUCGACAUUGGUGAAGACUUUGACUGCUUCGAAUUGGUGAAGGCGAUCUACGGACUGAAACAAGCAUCGCGCGUAUUGAACAAGACUUUUCUUGAAUUCGUUUGCUCGAUUGGAUUUCAAGCGUCCGACUUUGACCCAUGCCUCUAUCUCAAGGUCGCAAGCGGACAGUGCGUGCUGUUGUUGGUCUUCAUCGAUGAUGUGUUAUAA